UACUCGACUCGAGUCGAACUGAUCGGAAGGUCCCAAAUUGUUGUUAUUCCUUUAAAUUGAAGAACAAAUUUUAGUGCAAACCACCUCGUUCAAUCCAUAAUCUAAUCUAGCGUACGCCAAUUGAUAAAAUGCAAACUGAAAAGCGCGCCACGACACACUGCUGCUCGUGAAUCGAUUUAUUACCAGCGUUCAGGUAGGAACUCGAAAAAAAUCAAACUUGACCAGCAAUAAUGGACGUGCAACCGGAAUACGUACGGAUGGGCCUAAAUAAGGUAGCUACCGAGCAGGGUUUCACCGAAGGAAAAUAUCGGAUUGAAUUUGAGGCCGGUUCGAGUAAGGGUGACGGAUUUAUGGGAAGCCUUUCCAAAGCGAUCAUUCGAGAGGAUGGUCACCAAGAUUUGGUUUUGCUGGUGAAGUUACUGCCGGAAAGUGAAAUUCGUCGGCAUCAGUCCAUCUUAAUGUUUCACCGGGAGUUUUUGGCAUAUGACGUAUUGAUCCCGGCAUUGGAAAAGUUUCAAGCCGAGAAGAGCAGUUCCAGCGGAAAGAUAAACAACGGUUUCUGGCGGGUACCGAAAUGCUACUACACCAGCUGCAGCGUAGAGAAACUGGAAGCCAUGGUUAUCAUGGAAGAUCUGAGGGAGAACAAUUUUCGCAUGUGGAAUAAAUAUGAACCGGUUGAUUUCGAACACAGUCGUAUGAUACUGGAGCAGUUGGGAAAACUGCAUGCCAUUUCGUUUGCUAUGAAAGAUCAACAACCGGAAAUGUUUGAACAGUUCAAAACAUUUACCGAUCCCAUCAAGACUAUGAUCGGUAUGGAUCCUAAAAAGAUAAUGGAUAACCUUUUUUCCGAAAUGUACGAGCGAGCAAUAUCCACUUUAACUGAAAAGGAUAACGAGGUCAAAGAAAGUAUGGGACAUUUGAAGGGGAUUGUGAUGGAUCACUACCUGAACUGUGUGAACGCGGAAGAUGCCGAACCCUACGCAGUGAUAGCUCAUGGAGAUUGCUGGAUCAAUAAUAUGAUGUUUACCUACGACGAAAAAGGAUCCACCCCAACCGACAUUCGGUUGAUCGAUUGGCAGCUCUGUCGUUACGUAUCUCCAAUUUUGGAUCUAUCGUAUUUUCUCUUUAUUUGCACCGAUGAAAAGCUGCGUUCCGAGCACUACGACGAACUGCUAGACAUCUACUACAGGUCGCUGAGUGAUCACCUUGUCCGACUGGGCGGCGAUGCGGAGCGUCAGUUUUCCAGAGACGCAUUCCAUGCGCAGUGGAAAAAGUACGGCAGAUUUGGUUUACUGAUGGGUUUGAUCGUGCUGCCAAUGAUCUGUACGGCCAGUAACGAUUUGCCGGAUAUGGAUGAGUACUGUGAAAAACUUGAAACGGAAACAGAAUUUGUUCCAUACGAGUACGGAACCGAAGAGAAAGCAUUCGAACUGUACCGGAAGCGAAUGUCCGGACUGAUAAGAGAUACCGUUAGGCUGGGAUAUCUGUAAAUAUUCAACGACACUAUAUCUUGCCCA